UGGGCGCUGUCAGGCCCCUGUGUGUGAAGGAUGGGGAAGAACCCUGAGCCAAAUCCCGGGGCCCCCACCUCACUCCCUGAUACAUGAGGAAAUGGAUGAACGGAAGAUCCGAGAACUCAUCAACAAGAUGAUGGAGCUGCUGACUGGAGAGGUUCCUAUAAGGUGUCAGGACGUGGCGGUCUAUUUCUCCAUGGAGGAGUGGGAGUAUGUAGAAGGACACAAGGAUCAGUACAAGGAUCAGGUCAUGAUGGAGGAUCAGCAGCCCCUCACAUCACCAGUCAGAUCCAGUAAGAGAACAGCACCAGAGAGGUGUCCCCGUCCUCUUCUUCCACAGGAUGAUCAGGGAGAAGAUCGGAACAAUAUUAAUGCUCCAGAGACAGAUGUGAACGGUGAUAAGCAGUAUAAGGAGAACAUUCCUACAGAGAAAGAUCUGAUCUAUAUUAAUGCUACAGACAUAAAGAAAGAAGAAGAAGAAACAUAUGUGAGCGAUGAGGAGCAGUAUAAGGAGGACAUUCCUACAGAGAAAGAUCUGAUCUAUAUUAAUGCUACAGACAUAAAGGAGGAAGAAGAGACAGAUGUGAGCGGUGAUGAGCAGUAUAUGGAGGACAUUCCUACAAGGAAAAAUCUGAUCUAUAGUAAUACUACAGACUUAAGGGAAAAAGAAGAAGAGACAGAUAUGAGCAGUGAUGAGCAGUAUAAGGAGGACAUUCCUACAGGUAAUCACCCAGAUUCUUGUACCAGGAGAUCAGAGGAGAAUCUUAUAUCUUCAGAUUAUAAAGCAGAUGAUGAUAUCACACAAGAUACAUAUGAAGAACAUUCCAUUAUCCCAGAUACACCCUCAGCCCUUCACAGCCAAGAUCUGUCAUCUCAUCCUUAUAUACAGGUCCUGUCUUCUCACUCAUCACAGAAAGGUCACAGAAGGGGUGUUGGACAUCAACGAGCUCAUACAGGAAAGAAACCAUAUUCAUGCUCAGAAUGUGGGAAAUGUUUUACUGGGAAAUCAAGUCUUGUUAGACAUAAAAGAACUCACACAGGAGAGAAACCAUUUUCAUGCUCAGAAUGUGGGAAAUUUUUUACUCAGAAAUCGCAGCUUGUUCAACAUAAAAGAACUCACACAAGAGAGAAGCCAUUUUCAUGCUCAGAAUGUGGGAAAUGUUUUACUAAGAAAUCACAGCUUGUUCAACAUAAAAGAACUCACACAGGGGAGAAGCCAUAUUCAUGUUCAGAAUGUGGAAAAUGUUUUCCUGGGAAAAAAAAUCUUGUUCAACAUAAAAGAACUCACACAGGGGAGAAGUCAUAUUCAUGUUCAGAAUGUGGAAAAUGUUUUCCUGGGAAAACAAAUCUUGUUCAACAUCAAAGAACUCACACAGGGGAGAAGCCAUUUUCAUGCUCAGAAUGUGGAAAAUGUUUUACUCAGCAAACAAGUCUUCUUAGACAUCAAAUAACUCACACGGGGGAGAACUCAUUUUCAUGCUCAGAAUGUGGAAAAUGUUUUCCUGGGAAAACAUAUCUUGUUCAACAUCAGAGAACUCACACAGGGGAGAAGCCAUUUUCAUGUUCAGAAUGUGAGAAAUGUUUUACUAUUAAAGCAAAUCUUGCUGUACAUCAAAGAACUCACACAGGGGAGAAACCAUUUUCAUGUUCAGAAUGUAGAAAGUGUUUUACUGACACAUCAGGUCUUCUUAGACAUCAAAGAACUCACACAGGGGAGAAGCCAUUUUUGUGUUUAGAAUGUGGGAAAUGUUUUACUCGGAAAUCAGCUUUUCUUCACUUUGUUGAUCAUCAAAAAACUCACACAGGAGAGAAGCCAUUUUCAUGUUCAGAGUGUGGGAAAUGUUUUAUUAAGAAAUCACAUAUUGUUACACAUCAAAGAAUUCACACAGGGGAAAAGCCAUUUUCGUGUGCAGAGUGUGGAAAAAGUGUUACUGACAAAUCAAAUCUUGUUUAUCAUCAAAAACUCACACGGGAGAAGCCAUUUUUAUGUUCAGAAUGUGGAAAAUGUUUUACUCAGAAAUCAGAUCUUGUUAAACAUGAAAGAACUCACACAGGAGAGAAGCCAUUUUCUUGUUCAGAAUGUGGAAAAUGUUUUACUAAGAAAUCAAGUCUUGUUCAUCAUCAAAGAAUUCACACAGGGGAGAAACCAUUUUCAUGUUCAGAAUGUGAAAAAUGUUUUAUUAAGAAAGCAACACUUAAAAGACAUAUAAGAACUCACACAGGAGAGAAAACAAUCUCUCACAACGUAGCAAUGCAGCUAAAGAUUACAGCGCCGGAACUCUGCAUAUACUACACGGAUCCCCUCACAUCACCAGUCAGAGCCAAUAGGAGAACAGCACCAGAGAGGUGUCCCCGUCCUCUUCUUCCACAGGAUGAUCAGGGUCAAGAUCUGAACAAUAUUAAUGCUCCAGAGACAGAUGUGAGUGGUGAUGAGCAGUAUAAGGAGGACAUUCCAACAGGAAAAGAUCUGAACAAUAUUAAGGCUACAGAUUUGAAGGAGGAAGAGACAGAUGUGAGCGGUGAUGAGCAGAAUAAGGAGGACAUUCCGACAGGAAAAGAUCUGAACAAUAUUAAGGCGACAGAUAUGAAGGAGGAAGAGACAGAUGUGAGCGGUAAUGAGCAGAAUAAGGAGGACAUUCCGACAGGAAAAGAUCUGAACAAUAUUAAUGCUACAGAUAGUGAGGAAGAAGAAGAGACAGAUGUGAGCGGUGAUGAGCAGUAUAAGGAGGACGUUCCUACAGGUAACCGCCCAGAUUCUUGUAGCAGGAGAUCAGAGGAGAAUCUUAUAUCUUCAGAUUAUAAAGCAGAUGAUGAUAUCACACAAGAUACAUAUGAAGAACAUUCCAUUAUCCCAGAUACACCCUCAGCCCUUCACAGCCAAGAUCUGUCAUCUCAUCCUUAUAUACAGGUCCUGUCUUCUCAGUCAUCACAGGAUGUUCAGCAAAAUAAAGGUCACAGAAGGGGUGUUGGACAUAAACGAGCUCAUACAGGAAAGAAACCAUAUUCAUGCUCAGAUUGUGGGAAAUGUUUUACUAAGAAAUCACAACUUGUUCAACAUAAAAGAACUCACACAGGGGAGAAGCCAUUUUCAUGUUCAGAAUGUGGAAAAUGUUUUACUGUGAAGCCACAUCUUGUUAAACAUAAAAGAACUCACACAGGGGAGAAACCAUUUUCAUGUGCAGAAUGUGGGAAAUGUUUUUCCCAAAAAUCAAGUCUUGCUAAACAUGAAAUAACUCACACAGAGGUGAAGCCAUUUUCAUGUUCAGAAUGUGGAAAAUGUUUUACUACGAAAUCAAAUCUUGUUCAACAUCACAUAACUCACACAGGGGAGAAGCCAUUUUCAUGUUCAGAAUGUGGAAAAUGUUUUACUAUGAAAUCACAUCUUGUUGGACAUCACAGAACUCACACAGGGGAGAAGCCAUUUUCAUGUCCAGAAUGCGGGAAAUGUUUUACUAUGAAAUCACAUCUUGUUGAACAUCACAGAACUCACACAGGGGAGAAGCCAUUUUCAUGUCCAGAAUGCGGGAAAUGUUUUACUAUGAAAUCACAUCUUGUUGAACAUCACAGAACUCACACAGGGGAGAAGCCAUUUUCAUGUCCAGAAUGUGGGAAAUGUUUUACUAGGAAAUCAACUCUUGUUAGUCAUCAAAGAACUUGCAAAAGCAAUAAGCCAUUUUUAUGUACAGAAUGUGGAAAAUCUUUUACUGAGGAAUCACAUCUUGUUGAACAUCACAGAACUCACACAGGAGAGAAGCCAUUUUUAUGUUCAGAAUGUGGGAAAAGUUUUACUCAGCAACAUCAGCUUGUUAGGCAUCACAGAACUCACACAGGGGAGAAGCCAUUUUAAUGUCCAGAAUGUGGGAAAUGUUUCGCUAUGAAAUCAAAUCUUGUUAGGCAUCAAAGAACUCACAAAGACCCAACAGGCAUAAUCCAUGGGGAGCUGCUACUGGAGACCCAAACACCUCACAGAGAAGUUCCUCAGGGGCGGAGCUUGAGCUCUUGCAGGAAGGCGGCUUCUGAACUGAGCUUCUUCCUGAUCCACUUAUAA